CGUCUUUGUAUGUCUAAUUAUACACGACUUCCUUGAAACGAAGGAAUUGACUUCGGUGCUAGCACUGAGAGAGAGAGAGAAAUUUGUGUGAGUUUUAUGAUUUAAUUUCUAUGGGGAGCAAAGAAGAAAGCAAAAAAAUGGAAAUUGAUCUAUCCCUCAAACUUGACGACAAGCAACAAUCCAAGAACUAUCAGGUCGACGAAGUAGAAGCACGAAGGGAAAUUUUCCAGCCCGAAAAAUUUAAGAUUACUGAAGAGAUAUCAAUCCUACAGAUGCAGAUGAAUCAUAUGAAGGAGGAGAACAAGUUAUUAAGCAAAGCUGUAGAGCAAAUUAUGAAAGAUUAUUAUGAUCUUCAAACAAGAUUUGCUAUAAUCCAACAAAACAAGGACCCAAAAAAAAAUUUCUUUACGCUCAAAGGCGACGAUCAUGAUUGGAUUCAAGGGGCAAAAGAAAGUUCAAAGAUGUUUGAUCAUAUCAAGAAUCAAAGGGUAUUGUCAUCAGCAUCAGAAGAAGAUGGUACAAAAGAAAGUGAUGAAUUAGGGUUAUCUUUGACACUACGAACCAGUUCGAAGAAAUUAGAGGAAGACAACACGAGGAAGGAGAAUCUAGAAGGUACAACAGGAUCUGCACCAGUUGAAGAUAAGGUACAAGGCAGUAAAAACUUCCCUGGAAUUACUUCUGCUCCAAAUAAAAGAGCGAGAAUUUCUGUCAGGGCCAGAUGUGAAGCUGCCACUAUGAAUGAUGGAUGCCAAUGGCGAAAAUACGGACAGAAGAUUGCUAAAGCAAAUCCUUGCCCUCGAGCCUACUAUCGUUGCACGGUAGCUCCUGGUUGCCCAGUCAGAAAGCAGGUGCAAAGGUGUUUGGAGGAUAAGUCAAUACUUAUCACAACAUAUGAAGGAGCACACAAUCAUCCACUUCCAGUAGGUGCAACAGCAAUGGCAUCAACAGUAGCCUCCUACAUGUGUAAUGAAAUUACUACCUUAAACCAAACAAAUUUCCCAUAUUUCACCAGCCCUCAUAUGACGUUUCCACCAUUUCCAUAUGUUCCAAACCUAGGAAAUUACAUAAACCCUAAUCUUGAUCCUUCAAGGGGAGUUGUCCUCAGAAACAAUGCUGGCGGUAGCUCUUCACGUUCACUAGAAAAUUUGGGUUAUUCUUCGAAUGGAAAUAUUCUUUUUAACCAGAUUUUUCCUGGCCAUAAACUAGUUGAAGAAUUACUCUCCAAAGGUGAAGGAAAUAAUAAUAUUAGUACUGCAAUUGCAUCAGAUCCUAAGUUUAGGGUUGCUGAAUGAAGAAACCAAAAAACUCAUUCUUCUGGAGAUGGGGACAAGUACUACAACAUAAUAUCUGGAAUAUCUCGGCAAGCCCGUAAUCUUUCCUGAGCCAGACAAGGGAAAAGGUCGUAUUCUAUGGGUACUAUUCUAUUAUAAAUGCCUUUUCGUUAUGUCCAAAGUCACAGGCAAUACCCAUGAAAUAUAGAACAAUAUCAAUAAUGCUAUAGAGAUAGGCUGAAAAACAUGAUAAAAACAUGGUGGACACGUGUCAAAGCAUAUUUGGACACUUUGAAAAAAAAAAAAAAAAAUUCAAUUUCUGCUAAACCAGUCCUCUUAUUCCCCCAUUUUUAGCCUGUCUGACUGACUUUAUUCAAUAUGACUGACUUUAUUCAAUAUAUAGAAUCUGGAUUUGAAUUUUGAAGUAUUUUUGUUGACAGAUUGGAAGAUGAGUAAUUGUAGAUGAAUGUUAUACAAAUUUGUUUUGAUC